AUGACAUCUGUGGGAACAAGUUUCAUUUUCGCCGGUUAUCGAGCUGCAACUAUUUCCAGGAAUUUGCUUCAAAGACGUUCUAUUGUCUGCGUUUUUCCAUUUCCACAGUCCAGAAAUACCUUGACCAGUCUUUUGCGCAGCAAAUAUUUUUCAGUGAUGAGUUCCGAACGAAAGCCCUUUGAAAGACUACCAGCGAGCGUGGUUCCAAGAAACUACAACCUUUCUCUUCAACCAGAUUUGAAAGAGUUUGUUUUUAAAGGCAAUGAAGUCGUUUCAGUUGAGGUUACCAAGACAACCAGUGAAGUCAUUUUAAACUGUGUKGACAUUGCAAUCAAUUCUGCUAAAUUCACUUCUGGUGAUGUUGAUUUAACUGCAGGUGAUAUCAACUACAGUAAAGAUGAUGAAACAGCAACAUUAGUGUUUCCUUCUGAUCUUCCUGUUGGCAAUGGCAGUAUACAUCUUGAUUUUACUGGAGAACUCAAUGAUAAGAUGAAAGGAUUCUAUCGCAGUAAAUACAUUGACAAUGGCCAGGAAAAGUACUGUGCAGUCACACAGUUUGAGCCUACAGAUGCCCGCCGGGCUUUUCCUUGCUGGGAUGAGCCUGCCAUCAAAGCAACAUUUGAUGUUACAUUAGUUGUACCCAAGGAUUUGGUGGCUUUGUCAAACAUGAAUGUCAUUGAAGAAAACCCAGCCGAUGAUCCUUCCCUCAAGAUAGUCAAGUAUGCACAAACUCCCAUAAUGUCCACAUAUCUACUAGCAUUUGUGGUUGGAGAGUAUGACUAUGUAGAGGAUCAAGACCAGGACGGUGUAUUGGUACGAGUGUACACACCUAAAGGCAAAUCUGUACAAGGAAAGUUUGCYUUGGAAGUGGCAGUAAAAACGUUACCGUUUUAUAAGGAGUAUUUUGGUAUCAGUUAUCCACUUCCCAAGAUGGAUUUGAUUGCUAUUGCUGACUUUGCUGCAGGUGCUAUGGAAAACUGGGGACUUGUUACAUACAGGGAAACAGCUUUGUUGAUUGAUCCUGAAAACUCUUCAUCAGCAACAAAACAGUGGGUUGCACUUGUAGUUGGUGAGCAGCAGAACAUUCCUCUUUACAUCAGUUCACUAGAUAGACAUACAUUAUUUAGUGAAAAUGUAACGGGUCGAGAACUUGCCUGGACGUUUGUGAAAGAGAACUGGUCUUAUUUACAUGAUAGCUAUGAAGGAGGUUUCCUGUUAUCAAGACUAGUCAAGUGUACUACUGAGAAUUUUGCAAGUGAAGAAAAGGCUAAAGAAAUUGAGCAAUUCUUUGCCAAACACUCCGUGGCGGCAGCAGAACGUACGGUACAGCAGUCUUUGGAAAAUGUUCGACUGAACAUUGCGUGGUUGUCACGUGAUGCCGACUCUACCAAGGCCUGGCUACAAAUUUCUCGGUGUUCUUCAAAUCCUUCAAUUCAGAAAUUUGCUCUGCAAACUAGUUAUCAAUACACAGUAGUGAUGAGUUCCGAACGAAAGCCCUUUGAAAGACUACCAACGAGCGUGGUUCCAAGAAACUACAACCUUUCUCUUCAACCAGAUUUGAAAGAGUUUGUUUUUAAAGGCAAUGAAGUCGUUUCCAUUGAGGUUACCAAGACAACCAGGGAAGUCAUUUUAAACUGUGUGGACAUUGCAAUCAAUACUGCUAAAUUCACUUCUGGGGAUGUGGAUUUCAACUACAGUGAUAUCAACUACAGUAAAGAUGAUGAAACAGCAACAUUAGUGUUUCCUUCUGAUCUUCCUGUUGGCAAUGGCAGUAUUCAUCUUGAUUUUACUGGAGAACUCAAUGAUAAGAUGAAAGGAUUCUAUCGCAGUAAAUACAUUGACAAUGGCCAGGAAAAGUACUGUGCAGUCACACAGUUUGAGGCUACAGAUGCCCGUCGGGCUUUCCCAUGUUGGGAUGAGCCUGCCAUCAAAGCAACAUUUGAUGUUACAUUAGUUGUACCCAAGGAUUUGGUUGCUUUGUCAAACAUGAAUGUCAUUGAAGAAAACCCAGCCGAUGAUCCUUCCCUCAAGAUAGUCAGGUAUGCACAAACUCCCAUAAUGUCCACAUAUCUACUAGCAUUUGUAGUUGGAGAGUAUGACUAUGUAGAGGAUCAAGACCAGGACGGUGUAUUGGUACGAGUGUACACACCUAAAGGCAAAUCUAUACAAGGAAAGUUUGCCUUGGAUGUGGCAGUAAAAACCUUACCAUUUUAUAAGGAGUAUUUUGGAAUCAGUUAUCCACUUCCAAAGAUGGAUAUGAUUGCUAUUGCUGACUAUAUUGGAGGUGCUAUGGAAAACUGGGGACUUAUUACAUAUGUGGAAACAGCUUUGUUGAUUGAUCCUGAAAACUCUUCAUCAGCAACAAAACAAAGGGUUGCACUUAUAGUUGGACAUGAAAUAGCUCAUCAGUGGUUUGGUAACCUGGUCACUAUGGAAUGGUGGACACACUUGUGGUUGAAUGAAGGUUUUGCUACAUGGAUUGAGUACCUUUGUGUAGACCAUUGUUUCCCUAAGUAUGACAUAUGGACACAGUUUGUCACCACUGACCACUCUAGAGGAAUGGACUUGGACGCUUUGAAUAACAGCCAUCCAAUUGAGGUGCCAGUAUGUCAUCCUGCAGAGAUUGAGGAAAUAUUUGAUGCCAUAUCAUACAGCAAGGGGGCUUCAGUCAUUCGAAUGUUACAUCAUUAUAUUGGUGAUAAAGAUUUUAGAGCUGGUUUGAAUCAAUAUCUUAGCAAUUUUGAAUACAAAAAUGCAUAUACUGAGGAUUUAUGGGAGUAUCUUGGGAAGGCAGGUGGUAAACCUGUAGCUGAUGUCAUGACAUCCUGGACAAAACAAAUGGGCUUCCCUGUACUUGCUGUCAAAGCAAAACAGAAAGGAAAUGACAAAGCGUUAAUGAUUGUACAGAAGAAGUUCUGUGCUGAUGGCUCUUCUGAAGGCACUGAUCAACUAUGGCAUGUCCCAGUAAGUGUGAUCACUAACACAAGUACAACAGAACCAGNAUUGCACAGCCAUCUGGACGCCCUUCUUCGUGGUCUUGUUAUCAAUCGCCUUGGUAAAUAUGGACAUGAACCAACCAUCCAGGAAGCAAGACGACGAUUUGAUGCUCACUGCAAAAAGGAAGCUACAAUCAAUGCUGAUCUGCGGUCUGCARUGUACAGCAUUGUUUUAGAACAUGGCGACGAGACUACGCUGGAUGCUGUGGAGAAAUUGUUCAAAGAGGCUGACUUGCAUGAGGAACGUGAACGGCUCAUGCGCUGUAUGGGCAAGGUUACACAGCCUGAGCUGAUCAACAGGGUGUUGAAGUUUGCCAUAUCUGAUAAUGUACGGUCACAAGAUACGGUGUUUGUCAUCGCUGGUGUUACUGGAAGUGUAACGGGUCGAGAACUUGCCUGGACGUUUGUGAAAGAGAACUGGUCUUAUUUACAUGAUUGCUAUGAAGGAGGUUUCCUGUUAUCAAGAAUAAUUAAGCAAUUCUUUGCCAAGCGCCCCGUACCGGAAGCAGAACGCACAUUGCAGCAGUCCUUGGAAAAUAUUCGACUAAACAUUGCGUGGUUGUCACGUGAUGCCAACUCCACCAAGGCUUGGAUACAAGGCAAAGGGUUUUAA